AAUUCAGUUCAUACGGCAGAGCUGAUCUGGAAUAUCUACAACGAUGUCUCCCAAGUUUCUCCUCUAUUUGACAGUCGUGGCGGCCUUAGUGAUUUUCCGUAGUCCCGCGACAGAGGGAACGGUAUUCCUGUCAUUAUGCCUCUUGAGAUCCCCUCUGUGUCCAUUUUUUACCACUACUCCACGGUGCCGUACGGGGAUGGUUUGGAAGCCAGCGUUAAACAUAUGUGCAGCACCUUGAAGAACAUCACGUCAACAUAAUUCGUUAGCGAAUUAUAAUCUAGUUGAAGUCGUCAAUAAAAAUAUAAAAAGUAAUUUCAUCAAGAUU